GGUCGUUUUCGCCUCAUACAAUGUUAUCUUCUACUUGCAGCCGCACGUAAAGCCUAGUCAAGUUUUGCGAAAUCGAUAGCAUAUUUUUUAUUAAUGAGACAGAUAUUUUAGUGGGUUUGUGUUAAAGUGAAAAUAAGAACUACAUUGAGUAAUGACAAACUGUGCGGAGAUUAUAGUAAAGAUUGUUUGCGGUAUUAGCCACAGGUAGGAAUGUUAUGCCAGCGUUAUGAAUCUUCUACGAGCUUCGGGAGUUCUGCUGUUGAUUUUACUAACAAAGGCUGAAGUAGACUUCGAAGAUCGUCCCAACGAUGCCUGCCAUAUUUGCAUGUGUAGCUCGGAUAGAACCAUCAUAGACUGCUCACGAAGAGGUCUAUCAGAACUACCAGAUGGCAUAAGUGAAAAGGUUGAGAAGCUUAAUAUUUCAAACAACGAAAUAACAACAUUUCCUCGGAAACUAUAUACACUUUAUAAUUUGGUGUCAUUGGAUGUCAGUGGAAACGAACUGAGAUUAUUACCAGAAGACGCCCUACAGAACCUAACAGCCUUGGAGGCUUUGAACUUAUCUCGAAAUAAUUUUGAAGAAUGGCAAGACCUAAAUCCAAACAGCGUUUUGCUUCCAGCAACAAGUCUACUUCUUUUGGACCUUUCAAGGAAUAAAUUUAAAACAAUGGCAAAUCUAGCGAAUAAAGAACUCUUCAUUAGCUCGUCUUUGGAAACUCUGAUUCUGGACAAUUGUGAAAUUGGCUCUGUAAGUGGAAGAUCGCCUCUCAGUGGUCUCACAAAUAUAAAAAUUCUAAAGCUCAAUGGUAAUCCAUUGACUCAUUUUCAAAAACUAAUAUCUCCCUCUCUCAAAAGUAUAUAUGUCAGUAACUGUCAGUUGAGCUAUAUUAAUCAUGAUGAAUUGGCUUUCCUGCCAUCACUGGUUUUUUUGAAAAUGUCUCAUAAUUAUAGAUUAGAGCUAUCAUCAAAUACCAAUGUAAUAUUCUCAACAUCUUUGAGAUACCUGGAUAUAUCUUUUUGUAAUGUAUUUUUACCAAAUCUUCGAGGGUUCCCUAAUUUAAGGAAGGCAAUAAUUAAUCACAAUAUGAUUAGAUAUCUUAAAAGUAAUGAAUUUAUUAAUAACACAAAAUUAGAAUAUCUUGACCUUUCUUACAAUAAUAUUGGAUCUCUAAAAAGCGACACCUUUAAAGGUCUUAGUAUGAUACGACAUUUGGAUUUGUCUUGGAAUGAAAUAGCAGAGGUACCCGAGAAUAGUCUACUAGCAAUGCCAUCAUUAUCACAAUUAAAACUUGCUAGAAAUUACCUAACUAGAGUGGGUCAUAUAAAAUCUACUUCACUAACACUCCUUGAUAUAAGUUCUUGCGAAAUAAAUACAAUUGGAAAGGAUUCACUGGAGGGCUUGCCAUCUUUAUUAGACUUAGAUCUUUCUCAUAACCUUUUAUCCUUUAUACCAGAUAGUAUUUCAUCAAAUACUUUAAAACAUUUAAAUUUGAACUACAACAGAAUAAGCUCCGUUAGUAACGUCACAUUUUUCAUGCUACCCAGACUUAGUAGCUUGAGUGUUGUAGGCAAUCGAUUUACAAUGAUUUGGAAUAAGAGCUACUUUGAAUCCAAUCCUUAUUUAGAAAACUUACAUCUAGGAGACAAUAUGUGGCGCUGUGACUGCGUCGACGAUAACAUGUUUGAUUUUUACGAAUUCGUUACACUGGAGCCCAAUAAGAAAGAGGAGUCUUACAACUUAGUAUGCAACAGUCCAGUGAAUGUAAUAGGACAAACUUGGCUAGAAGCUUGUUACUUCACCUGGUAUCCGAGUACAAAAUCAGCAAAUCCUGAUAACUUGAUAUGGUUUAUCAUUGUUAUGAUAGUAGGUUUGGCUUUAUGUAUUUUAAUAGUAAAUAUAAUUCGACAAUCUAUGAACAAGCGAUUGGCGGCUAUACAACAAGAAAGAGAAAGACAGGUCGAGGAAGCUAGAGAUAGACUGAGACAGUUGAGAAUGCGAGCAGAACAAGAAGCGUUAGUUAACACACCCGAUCCUCGUGAUCUAAUCGCCCCACCGUCUUACAUUGAAGCUCUCUCAAUGCCUAAGCUAAAUGCAUCGUGUCAUUCUCUAAAUGAAACUGGUUCGGGUAGAACUAAAAGGAAAAGAGGUCGUAGAAAAACGAAAUCCAGUGGAGAUUUGUUAGAGGAGACCGAAAGAAAUGGCGACCUGCCAGUAUUAGAUGAUAUGGAAUUGUCGGAAUCUUCUACAGGAAAACGUAGAAGACGUCGUCGUAGAUCAGGCAAAUACGGUAGUCACGAAAUAACAGAAUUAGAACAUAGUCCUGGAGCAAGGAGACGCCGUCAGUCUGAACACGAAGUCAGUAGUGACCACACUACAAUAGAAGUUGAGGCUGAACUAGAAAGACCUCUACGUACUCGUCUAAGGAGAUAUUCGGAUGAAGUACGAGAAAGUGACUUUUAGAUUUAAGUUAUUUUUAUAAAAUA